CCAGGCAUUGCCCAGUCCUCAUGAAUAUAAAACAGGCUCGGACAGUGAGCAGCCAGAAUUAAACUGAGGUCUUGACUGACUCAUCCAAAAGAACACAGGAGCAGUGAGUUUGAACCUCCGACAACAUGAAGCUGUUCCUUGCUGGACUGGUGCUGGUUAUGGUUGCGGUUGCUCAUGCCCAGUGGUACAACUUCCCUGGAGAAGCCAUUGGAGGUGCCAGAGACAUGUGGCGUGCAUACAGCGACAUGAGAGAGGCCAACUGGAAGAACUCUGACAAGUACUUCCAUGCCCGAGGAAACUAUGACGCAGCAAAACGAGGCCCUGGGGGCAGAUGGGCUGCCGAGGUGAUCAGUGAUGCGCGGGAAUCGGUGCAGACAAACUCUGGCAGAGGACAUGAGGACUCAGCAGCUGACCAGGAGGCAAAUCGCUGGGGACGAAACGGUGGUGAUCCCAAUCGCUACAGACCCGAAGGUCUUCCUGAAAAGUAUUAAACCCAAACCUCUCUGAGGGAUGACAACAACGCAUCAUUUACAAACAAACUCAAAUGGCUUUUUGCAUGCAAAGAAACAAAAACUUUGAUGUAAUUCAGAUCUAAAAUCAUUAGAAUUAAACAUUUAUUUUAAAUGUUUGAAUUUUUUGCAGUGCUUGGAGAAAUAGUGACAUGCUUUGUCCACUUUUGGUCUUAAAUAAAUUGAUAAAAUGAU